AUUUUCAAUACAUUUUUAUUUAUUGUUACUUUUGUGAGUUUCAAGUGAUUUCAGUGAGAAUUGUGGGUUUUUCCUUCUUUAACUGAGGGGUACCAACAAUUUUGUCCACAUGUGUAAUAUAGGACCACAAUGAAAAAAAAGAGGAAAAUCCAACCUUUAAUUCAAGUGCAUUUAUUCAGUGGGGGAAAAAAAAUCGCGUUAAGAAAUAAUUUUUUUACAUGUGCCACAAUAAUUAGCGCCACUGAUGUUAAUACUUUGUACAGCUGCCUUUUGCCAGCAAAACAGCACCUAAUCCUCUCCUAUAAUACAUUUUUCUAUAAUUUUCAGUGUGAGAGUUUGCUUCUGCAAUGAAAAUUGAAUUUAUUUUAAUGCCUUUAACACAUCUUAACCAGGGAUGCCAAUAAUUGUGGAGGGCACUGUACAUGCACACAGAAACAACAAACCUACUUGACUUGAAAAGCCAAAGAAAAGAAGCCAUAAGCAAGUUACAUUACCAUGAGUUACAGGAUGUUUUUUUCACAGUGGUGUCAUCAGUUUCUGAGCAACCAAGUUCAACCGGCUGCUUGAAAAACCAACUUAUUACAUUUUCAUGGUCAAAGUUAAUCAUGGAAAUUUACUGAGUACGCUGGGUAAUAUGAGUUCACAGCCACACAGUUAUACAGUAGUUUUGAAAUCAUAAAGAGCAUUUAAUUUAUAUCAGUUAAGUAUAACUGAUUGUUUUUUAUCCAGCAUUUGUAAUUCUAAUACCGCAUGUGAAACUGCUUUUAUGAAUUUCUUUCGAGCUUUGGGAUGAGCGAUGAGCUGAUUGGUUUUCAAUUAACAAACAUAUGAGCACAUUUUACAGUCAUUUAGUAAAUUCUGUGGUUGAAAUGAAUAAUUUGGAGCAAAUAUGACAAAGUUUUUUAAAGAUUUAAGGUUACAUAAAUAAAAAUCUGAAAUAAUCUGAUUUAAACAGCACAACAGUUUAUAUUGUUGAACAUGUCAUUAACACUUUAUUUUAAUGGCUUCUUUAUCAUUUGUACACCCAUAUAAACAUUUAUUAAAUGAGUUACAGCACUAGAAUGUGGUUGUACUUAAACAUCUUCAGGUGUUAAUUAAUUUACAGUAUUUGUCAACAAUUACAACCUUUACCAUGAAGACUUGAAAGCAUUUUUUAAAUUAUAUCAUCUUUAUUAUGUUCACAUUCCUGCCUCCACUUUAUCGAUCAAUACCCUCAGGUGGACAGUGUUUAUACAUGCGUUAUAAAUCUUUUCUUAAAUGUCUACAUACUGAUAAUAACUUCUAAAUUAGGGAGGAUUGAACUACAUGUUGCUGACUUCAUCACUCAGCUCUAAGUUCUUUGCAUGACAUGAGCUCUUAAUCGUUCCUUUCUCUGCUCACUCUUUUUUUCCCCGUUUUGUUUACAGUUUAGGGUUCAGCUCCAUUGAGUCCAGCAGCUGUUUUGAAAGGCAGUGCAGGUUCAGGCUAGCGCUGAUCUUCUGCUGCAGGACCCUCCCUCCCCAAACAGUGUCUCUCUCCUUCUCCAUGCUUUCAUCUCCCUCUGCUGCCCUGCCCCAACCCCCUCUUGAUCACAUCUACUCCCGUCUUCCACCUUACACCCCCCUUACACCCACCCUCAUACCCAUCCCCAAGCAUGGCCUGCUGCUGGUUCACAAUCUAAAUUUAAACUUUAGCAGGGCCAACUGCUCCUCCAGCCACUCUGGGCUCCUGUUUUUCCCCCUGCCGAGGUGGACUUUUUCUGUCAGAGGCCCUCAGCCAGGAGCAGAGGCCUGUAGGGGACGGAGUCAGAGGGAGAAGAGGGGAGAGAACGGGCGGCGGGGGACCCCACGCUGGAUAACCAAGAGGCCUUCACAAAGCGGAGUUCUACUGCACCCGAGUUUGGGAUUUUACGGUGAAACGUCACAUUUCUGUGGGAUUGGGAGCUCGUCUCAGGUGGAGGCAUCACGAUGGCGGCCAACGCAGAUGCGGCCAAGCCGGUCAUCAUGAACGAAGAGGAGCUGAAGAGGAAGCAGAGGGAGAAGCUGAAGAAGUUACAGGCCACGGGAGGAAACCCUCGACCCGCAAGAUCCCUCUUCCUCUUCACCCUCAAAAACCCCUUCCGCAAGGCCUGCAUCAACAUUGUGGAGUGGAAAACCUUUGAAAUCAUCAUCUUAUUAACCAUCUUUGCAAACUGUGUGGCUUUGGCUGUGUUCCUGCCGAUGCCUGAAGAAGACAGCAAUAACACCAACGCGAGUUUGGAAAGUCUGGAGUAUAUUUUCCUGAUCAUCUUCACGUUGGAGUGCUUCUUGAAGAUAGUAGCGUAUGGUUUCGUGUUCCAUGAAGGAGCCUAUUUACGGAACUGCUGGAACAUAUUGGACUUUGUCAUCGUCUUCAUGGGUCUGUUCACCUUUGCUUUGGAUACCAUAAACAAGAUAGCAGGAGUGCCCUUGGAGAAGGGUGGAGGGUUUGACAUGAAGGCGCUGAGAGCCUUCAGAGUCCUGCGACCCCUUCGUCUUGUUUCUGGAGUCCCCAGUCUACAGGUGGUGAUGAACUCCAUCCUCAAAGCCAUGCUGCCUCUGCUGCACAUCGCCCUGCUGGUCUUCUUACUGGUCACUAUCUAUGCCAUCAUGGGUCUGGAGCUGUUUAAGUGCAAAAUGCAUAAGACCUGCUAUUACACUGACACAAACAUCUAUGCCACUGCAGAAGGUGAGCUGCCAGCUCCCUGCGCUCAGGCUGGUAACGGACGCCGCUGCAUAAUCAACGGCUCUGAGUGCCGGCCUGGAUGGGAAGGUCCAAACAACGGCAUCACCCACUUUGAUAACAUCGGCUUUGCCAUGCUGACCGUCUACCAGUGUAUCACCAUGGAGGGAUGGACCAAAGUGCUCUACUGGGUUAAUGAUGCCAUAGGAAAUGAAUGGCCGUGGCUCUAUUUUGUACCUCUCAUUCUGUUGGGCUCCUUCUUUGUGCUCAAUCUGGUUCUUGGUGUGCUCAGUGGAGAGUUCACCAAAGAGCGAGAGAAGGCCAGGUCACGUGGAGAAUACCAGAAGCUGCGAGAGCGUCAGCAGCUGGAUGAGGACCUUCAUGGCUACAUGGAGUGGAUCACUCACGCUGAAGUCCUGGAUGCUGACAGAGAAGGCAAAGGUCUCCUGCCUUUGACCAGUGGAGAUUCAGACACAGACAGUCUUUAUGACCUGGAAGGCAAAAGUCGAAUUAUCUACUACUACCGCCUGGGCCGCCGCUGGAACCGUUUCUUUAGGAUGAAGUGCCUGGUGUAUGUGAAAACCAAGACCUUCUACUGGGUGGUGAUGUUCCUCGUCUUCCUCAACACUCUGACCAUAGCCACAGAGCACCACCACCAGUCUGUCCAGCUGACCGCCCUGCAAGAUGUGGCCAGUCGUGUGCUGCUGGUGCUGUUUGUCAUCGAGAUGUUUGUGAAGAUGUAUGCCCUGGGACCGAGAGCAUAUUUCAUGUCUCUGUUUAACCGUUUCGACUUCUUUGUGGUGCUCUGCGGCAUCCUGGAGAUGAUCCUGCUGUCUGCGGGGGCUGUGACUCCUUUAGGUUUCUCUGUUCUCAGGUGUAUCCGGCUGCUGAGGAUUCUCAAAGUCACCAAGUACUGGAAGUCUCUAAGCAAUCUUGUGGCCUCCCUCCUCAACUCCGUUCGCUCCAUCGCCUCCCUGCUCCUCCUCCUCUUCCUCUUCAUCGUCAUCUUCUCACUCCUGGGCAUGCAAGUGUUUGGGGGGAAAUUCAACUUCGACGACCACCGACCCAGACGUAGCAACUUUGACAACUUCCCUCAAGCCUUGAUUAGCGUGUUUCAGAUCCUCACAGGAGAGGACUGGACCAGCAUCAUGUAUAAUGGCAUCAUGGCCUACGGAGGGCCUGUGAUCCCCGGCAUCCUCGUUUCCAUCUACUUUAUUGUCCUGUUUGUUUGUGGAAACUAUAUCCUCCUCAACGUAUUCUUGGCCAUCGCCGUUGACAACCUGGCAGAAGCUGAGAGUCUGACUUCAGCUCAGAAAGAAAAGGCAGAAGAGAAGAUGAGGAGGAAGCUACUGAGGUCCAAAAUGCCUGAGAAGACUGAUGAGGAGAGAGAGAGGAUAGCUAAGAAACUGGCAGAGCAGAGAGCCAAGAUGGAGGGCAUGCCCACCACAGCCAAGCUUAAAAUCGAUGAAUUUGAGUCCAAUGUCAAUGAAGUGAAAGAUCCCUUUCCACCUGCUGACUUCCCCGGUGAUGAUGAGGAGGAAGAGCCUGAAAUCCCCAUCAGCCCUCGGCCCCGACCGAUGGCCGACCUGCAGCUGAAGGAAGAGGCAGUUCCUUUGCCUGAAGCCAGCUCCUUUUUCAUUUUUGGUCCUCAGAACAAGUUCCGUAAGCUGUGCUACAAGAUCAUCAAUGCUUCGUCCUUCACCAACUUAAUCCUCCUGUUCAUCCUGCUGUCCUCCAUCUCACUGGCAGCUGAGGAUCCCAUUGAUCCAAAAUCCUACAGAAACCAGAUCUUGGCCUACGCUGACAUUGUCUUCACCACCGUGUUCACCAUUGAGAUUGUGCUGAAGAUGACCGUGUACGGAGCAUUUAUGCACGAAGGCUCUUUCUGCCGUAACUCUUUUAACAUCCUGGAUCUGAUUGUGGUCACAGUGUCUCUCCUGUCUAUGGGGAUGGAGUCCAGUGCCAUUUCUGUGGUGAAGAUUCUCAGGGUGUUGAGGGUGCUGAGGCCUCUCAGAGCCAUCAACAGAGCCAAAGGCCUGAAGCAUGUAGUUCAGUGCGUGUUUGUGGCCAUCAAAACAAUCGGCAACAUCGUCCUGGUCACCAUGCUGCUGAACUUCUUGUUCGCCUGCAUCGGAGUCCAGCUCUUUAAGGGUAAAUUCUACAGCUGCACAGACCCGUCCAAAAUGACUGAGGAGGAAUGCCAGGGAUUCUUCUGGAAGCACAUGGAAAAUUCCCUACAAGACACAGUGCUGGCGAAAAGAGAAUGGCUCAACAGCGACUUCAACUUUGACAACGUGCUCUAUGGGAUGUUGGCUCUGUUCACUGUUUCCACGUUUGAGGGCUGGCCAAAGCUCCUGUACAGGGCCAUAGAUUCAGACGAAGAAGAUAUGGGUCCGGUGUUCAACAACCGAGUCGACGUGUCGAUCUUCUUCAUCAUCUACAUCAUCCUCAUAGCCUUCUUCAUGAUGAACAUCUUUGUGGGCUUCGUGAUUGUCACCUUCCAGGAGCAGGGCGAAGAGGAGUAUAAGAACUGUGAGCUGGACAAGAACCAGCGUCAGUGUGUGCAGUACGCUCUAAAGGCUCGUCCUCUGAGGUGCUACAUCCCCAAAAAUCCCUACCAGUACAGGGUCUGGUACAUUGUCACCUCCUGCUACUUUGAGUACCUAAUGUUCUUCCUAAUUAUGCUCAACACCUUGUGUCUGGGGAUGCAGCACUGUAAACAGUCGGACCAUGUUACCAAGCUGUCGGACACUCUCAACUUGAUCUUCACCGUGCUCUUCACUGUGGAGAUGAUUCUCAAGCUCAUGGCCUUCAAAGCGAGGGGCUACUUCGGAGACCCUUGGAAUGUGUUUGACUUCAUCAUCGUCAUUGGUAGCGUCGUUGAUGUCAUCCUGAGUGAAGUCGAUACUGCCCUGGCCUCCAGUGGAGGACUGUACUGUCUCCAUGGCUGUGCUGAAACGAAUCCGAUGCAACUCAUUGCGGCCUCUGAAAACGCCUCGGUUUCCAUCACGUUCUUCCGACUCUUCCGUGUUAUGCGUCUGGUCAAACUGCUGAACCGCUCAGAGGGCAUCCGUAAUCUCCUGUGGACCUUCAUCAAGUCUUUCCAGGCCCUCCCUCACGUAGCUCUGCUCAUUGUGAUGCUCUUCUUCAUCUACGCUGUCAUUGGGAUGCAGAUUUUUGGAAAGAUAGCCUUAGUGGACGGCACCCAAAUCAACCGCAACAACAACUUCCAGACAUUCCCUCAGGCUGUUCUGAUGUUAUUCCGAUGUGCUACUGGAGAGGCCUGGCAGGAGGUCAUGAUGGCUUCAAUGUAUGGGAAGAAGUGUGACCCCAAGUCAGACUUCCUGCCAGGAGAAGAGUACACCUGCGGGUCCAACUUCGCUGUCUUCUACUUCCUCAGCUUUUACUGUCUCUGUGCCUUCCUGAUCCUCAACCUGUUUGUCGCUGUUAUCAUGGACAACUUUGACUAUCUGACCCGUGAUUGGUCUCUUCUUGGUCCACAUCAUCUGGAUGAGUUUAAGAAGAUCUGGGCUGAAUAUGACCCUGAAGCCACGGGGAGAAUCAAACAUCUGGAUGUGGUGACGCUGCUGCGACGCAUUCAGCCUCCACUGGGUUUUGGCAAAUUCUGUCCUCAUCGUGCUGCAUGCAAGCGUUUGGUUGGUAUGAACAUGCCUCUCAACAGUGAUGGCACCGUCACCUUCAACGCCACCCUGUUCGCUCUGGUCAGGACUGCACUGAAAAUCAAAACUGAAGGUAACUUUGAGCAGGCCAACGAGGAGCUGAGAGCCAUUAUCAAGCAAAUCUGGAAGCGCACCAGUAUGAAGCUGCUGGACCAGGUCAUCCCUCCAAUAGGAGAUGAUGAGGUGACUGUGGGGAAAUUCUAUGCCACCUUCCUGCUCCAAGACCAUUUCCGCAAGUUCUUGAAGCGUCAGGAGGAGUACUACGGCUACCGGCCCACAAAGAAGAGCGCCUCAGGCCCGGAGAUCCAGGCGGGGCUGAGGAGUAUAGAUGAAGAAGCAGCUCCAGAGAUGCACAGAGCCAUUUCAGGAGACCUGCAGAAUGAGGAAGAGAUGGACAGAGCUAUGGAGGAGGCUGGAGAAGAGGCCAUUUUCCAGCGUUCCCAUGGUCUGUUUGGUAACCGAGGGGACUCAUUCGCCGCUGAGCCUGAAAACGCUCAGGCCCAGCAGAUGGCCAGCCAGCGACCCCUUAAGUUCUCCGAGAGCCAACCUGAGUCUCCGCCAAACUCCUCUGCCUUGGUACCCACCACCGAAUUCUUCCCCACAACUGCACCAAAGAACAACACAAACAACAAUGCCUUUGCAGACUUUUCAUGUGAGAGAGAAGGCAGCCCAGAAGAGUUUUACAAUCCUUGUGAGGAUGAAUUGCCAGACAGCAGACGCUCUUGGAGCUUCACAGUGAGAACCGACAAAACGCAGUUCCCUUAUGAACCCGACUAUAGUGACAGUCAGAGUCAGAUCUCUCGCACCGCAGCCGACCAGCUGGUUCAGGAGGCUCUGGUAAAAGGCGGUCUCGUCUCUCAGGCCAGAGAUCCUGGCUUUGUGGCUGUAGCUAAGAGAGAGAUGGCCGAUGCCAUGCGGAUGCCCGUUGCUCACAUGGAGGGGAUGGCUCAGGGCAUCCUCAGUGAACGCUCCAGCAGCAGUGCUUCUGUCAAAAAGAGACGCCCCAUCCCUGUUCCUCCUGCUGCUCUCCCUGCUGCGGCAGUUCAGGAAACAGGCCGGCCAGAUCCGGCUGCGAGGAGAAAGAGACGUCCAAUUCCCAAGACUCCGUCCAUACAGGAGUCGGAGGCCGACUCUGAAGUGUAGAGGCUGCCAGUUGAGUUGAAACAGUUUCAUGUGUAUUUUUUUUUAACAGUAGUAGGUGGCUCCAUCUCACCUCACUUUGCCAAGCUUGUUGCCUCUUUGACAAUCUGUAUCUGUCAGCCUGGCUCAGGGCCUAAAGACAAGCUGGUUAAAAAUAUUGUGAAGUGUGAUUAUAAAGUUAACUGAGGAGAAACAAUACAUCUGAUGAUUAACAUCUGAUUCUUCAGAUUUAUUGAAUAAAAACACUAACUUAUGUCAGAGUAAACAGAUUGACGCAGUUCUUUCUUUGUAGCGUUUGUUGAGGUUAUCCAUUCCACAGAUUUAUGGGAAACCCUGUGAGUGAGCAGAGAGUCUUAUUGAGGCCUCACUGAGGAGGCAGAGGAGUGACCGGUGACUGAAAUGUCUGAAGUGGCUCGAUGGAUACAGAAAGAAAGCAGCUGUCUUUGUUGUGCUGCACUUUACUAAGGACAGAGGGAAAGGAACCAAUGAGUGUCUGCACUGGCCUGGAAAGGUUUAACUACAGUUUGAGGGUUCUGGUGCUGACUGUAAGUAGAAGGAUUGUUUUGUUUUUAAAGCAGCGUCCUCUGAUCGGUUAGGACUCGCUGUCUUUUAGACUUGUAAUGAUGAGGUUUACAAGGUUUUCUCCUCCUCACAAUUGCUGUAUGCAAUUGGUAUGAACAGAUUUUUAAGAGGAAACCUUUUUUUUUUUAACAUGAAGGUACAUUAAACAAUAAUAUUAUUAUCACGUGAUCUAGCUGUAGUAAAGUAUUUGUUAAAUUUAAAGCCGUAUUGUAGUCAAGCAGUGACUUUAAAUGACUCUGUUGCUACAGGUUUUAUGUGUUUUCCAUUCAUAUUUAUCUGUAAUCUCUCUGCAUCGCUUCAGUUUAGUACAGGGAAGGGUUCUUCAGCAUACCUGGAGUAUGGUUGAUUUAGCUUAAAAGUGCACUGAGGCUUCUUCUUUUAUUCAUUAUCGUGUAGGCAUAAUUAUUGCACUUGUUUAAAGUUUUGUGCAAACACUGACAGGCCUUCCUGAGGACUGUUUUUCUUUUUUACAUUAUCCUCUGACGUGCCUGUGCUUCGCUGUCACACCUACAGUAUGUAUCAAGGUUUUUCAGAUACUGCUAGUUUGAGUGGAGCGCACAAGUUCAUUCUCCUUCACUUCUGAAUCUGUGCCAUUAAGGUUGAUGUUACUUUGGUACUUUCACCAUUGGCAAAAGAAAUAAAUUGUUCAAAACAACAA